AUGACCACACCAGUGGACGAAAGGCCGGAGCCGACACUCGUUCAACCGUCAUACAACAUGAGCAAUCCCGGCGAAACACGAGGAAGUCUGGAUAGGCCAUCCCUGCCCUCAUACAACGUUAAUCAUAAUGCACAUCGACAUGGAAGCCAUGACAAGUCUUCUGACGAGGAGGGAACCAUGGUCGGCGAAAGCGAUGAGCACCAGACCCGUCGGUCUCACGACUACGAGACGGAGACUGUUCACCCUGCCACACGACCGCGAGCUGGGAGUCAUCUUACAGUGCAGACCGAAUACGAACCUGGCGACCCACUACGAAAGAUCAACUCGCCAUCGAUCAAUCGUGAGCAAGCUCAUCGUUUGGAUGACGAUCUGGCAUUGCUCAAGAUUGAAAGACAAGUAUCACGCAUAGAAGAGGAAGAUGGGCUGUCCAGAGAAAGGAGCAGGGACGAAGAUGGCAACUAUCGAUCGAGAUCACGCAAGCGAGACGACCAUCUCGACGAAUUCGAUAUUGCGACCAAUCCUGUGCAUGAGAAGAACAAAGUCUAUAAGCCCGUGGAAAGCCCAGCGUCUGGAUUCGGCAAAUUCCUCAAGAAAGUCCACAAGUCGAAUGUGUUCAUUCGAUGGGCAACUUAUAUCGCCCCACUGGCGCUCAUCUUGCUCAUACCGUUGCUAGUCGGCGCACUCAAAUUCGACCGCGUGGUGGUAGGAGGUGUCUUUCUGGUCUGGUUCAUGAUCUGGCUCGAGAUUGUCUGGCUUUCGCUCUGGGCCGGACGUAUCCUCGCUAAAUCUCUCCCGGUGCCGAUUGGGUUGGUGUCCAGUUUCUUCACGAACAACAGCAAGAAGUGGCGAGACAUGGGCAAACAGUUGGAAUUGCCAGCAACGCUAUUCUUCUGGUGGCUGGCCAUUGAAAUCUCAUUCCUUCCCACCAUGACCAACCAUCAGAGAGAUUUCCCCAAAGGUCACACAGCGUCUUGGAUGGGCACUAUGAACAAAGUACUGGUUUCAAUCUUUGUUGGCGCCGUGCUCAAUUUCGUCGAGAAGAUCAUCAUUCAAUUGAUAGCAAUCAGCUUUCACUUGAGGACUUACGCCGACAGGAUCGAGAUCAAUAAGUUCCAGAUUGCAUCGUUGACGAAGCUCUACACCUUCUCCAAGGCCAAGAUUGCAAUGGAAGAUUCGGAGUUUGAACAACAGCCGGAACAGCUAGGGUCCGGCGCGCGAACUCCUGGUCAAGUCCUUACGGAGGCUGCCAAGAUUGGGAAGCAGGGUGUCAAGCGAUUUGGCGAUGUCGCAGGGAAAGUGGCGGGAGACUUCACGGGAAAAGACGUAGUCAAGAGUACGCAUCCUACACAGGUUGUGCUGACGCUCCUGAGCUCGAACAGCGGGUCUCAAGUUCUUGCUCGACGGUUGUAUCGCACUUUCGCACAAGAAGAGACCGAGACUGUCAUUUCUGACGACCUUCGACCCGCAUUCGAGAACGACGAUGAAGCCAAUGCCGCGUUUACUAUGUUCGACAAGGAUAUGAACGGCGACAUCUCUAUGGAGGAGUUGGAGGCUGUCUGUGUCGAGAUUGGCCGCGAACGAAAGUCGAUCACCGCUUCAUUAAAGGACCUGGACUCCGUUGUUGCGAAGCUGGACGAUGUCUUCAUGUUCAUCGUGGCCGUGGUCGUCAUUCUGGUGUUCAUCUCCCUCAUCUCAACAUCUGCUGCUGGUGUGCUCACUUCUGCUGGCUCUGCUGUCCUGGCUCUGUCCUGGCUCUUCAGCGCAACUGCACAGGAAUUCCUGCAGUCCGUGAUCUUCGUCUUCGUCAAGCACCCCUUCGAUGUCGGCGAUCGCGUAGGUAUUUACGGAAAUACAGGGUCGCUUCUCCGAGGAGACGAUUACUUUGUGAAGGAAAUAAGCUUGCUUUACACGGAGUUCAAGAAGAUGGAAGGUCACAUUGUCCAGGCGCCAAACAGCUAUCUUAACACAUUGUUCAUUCUCAAUCAACGCAGAUCUGGAGGAUUGGCGGAGGCUGUGAGCAUUACCAUCAAGUUCGGGACCACGUUGGAGCAAAUUGAUGGUCUUCGAACCAAGCUACUCGAAUUCGUCAAAUCUGAGAAGCGGGAGUAUCAGGGCAAUAUCCUGACCGAAUUGAGAGAUAUUGUCGAGGUGCACUCGAUGAACCUCAACGUCGUCUUCUUCUACAAGUCCAAUUGGCAAAACGAGGGUUUGCGUCUGGCUCGCAGGAACAAGUUCAUUUGCGCCAUGAUGGUGACUAUGCAGGAGCUUGGAAUUGAGGGACCAUUCAUGCGUUUCCCAGGAAUGCGGGAAAGUUUCCCAAUGUACUUGUCUCAAGUACCUCACAUGGCCAGUGCCGGAGCUGGACAUGGUGGCACUCCCGACCAUCCUAUGGGGAUGGCUCAAAACGAAGCCACACAGGAUCCACCAUUCGUUGCGCCUGAGGAAGGUCGCGAAGAGCCCAUGGGCUCGCAGAUGCCGCCUCAAUCUCGCUUCCGCAGCGGUUCCAUUAUGAAGGGUGGUCGACCUCGUGGCGAGUCUCUAGCCCAAAUGACAAAACGUGUGGAUUUCAGCUUAGGCAUGAGCGAGCAGGCCUACGGCGACAUGUCUGGCGAUGUGUACGAAGAUCGCGAUCCCAACAGAGCGAGAAUGGAGAUCAUCGAGGCUUCGCAACAGCGAGAACGCUCUCGGGCGUCUAUGGAGCGGGAUCGAGCGCGUGCCAGUGUCGACGCACCUCGCACAGCGCAUUCGACAGGUCGAGAUCAUUUCUUAGCUCCAGGCAACCUCGCCCGGCGUGCAACGACAGACACAAGCCGAGGGCGGACUUCGGGAUCCAUACAUCGCAACAGAUUCUUCGGCCGCAACAACGCAGGCGCAGAAUCAGCGAUGGAGAAUGGUAUGGCAGAUAUACCAGAGGAACAAAGCCGCACGGGCGGCAACCUGCCGAAUAGGAUCGACCCGAGAUCUGGGAUGGUUUCACCAGCUGCUUUUCGUUUAAACACGAAUGAGAGCAACAUCCGUCCAUCAGGACCACCGACUCUGCCAUCACAGGUGAGUGGUAGUGGGGCGCUUGGGGAUGUGACGGAUGUGCCUGCGGGACAUCGGCCGAUGGGUCGUAGUCAGACGGAGGAUUUUGAGAUGAGGCGGAUCAAUCAUUGA